AGUUUUGAACGCUAUUCCGAACAAUUCAGAUUCAAUUACAAAUUCGUUAAAGUUGCACAGAAAUAAGGCGGAUUUGCCAGUCGCUAAUUGUUUAUGAAAUAAUAAAAGUGUGUAUAGAUACGUAUAUGAACAUACAAAUCGGUGUUUAUGGCCAAACAAUUAGGCGUCUUGCUACACAAAAUGAGCUAAAUAAAAGUACAUUAAAUUUAUCUCAAUGUUAACCAGCUGUUUAGCCAUUGCUUCAAGCACGAACACCUCGAAGUUAGCUGCAAAUGAUGUUUUCAACGGAAUUAGCGCUAAUCUAAAUGAUGAAAAUUUGCACACUGAAUUUGCAAAUUCUUUGGAGGCAAACACAAAUACAUUUCAAAGAGAAUCGAUGACGAAGCAACUAGCUACCAGUUCCCCUACGACAAAUGGUGAACGAAACGCCAGCAACAUUGUUUUAGCCCCUUUAGCCCCACUAGCUAAUAAUGAUGCAUUACCACGGUGUAAAACCGAUACGACUGGCAUUGAGGCGGAUAUUUGUAAUACAGCGAAAGUGUUGCAAACAAGUAAUAGUAAUUUUAUAACUUUAUUGCCAAAGUCAGAGGCUGCAAGCAGUUUGGUCUCAAUCAAUUCAACAAUUGAAGCUUGCAAUGAAGCUACUUCAAGGAAGACAGUGGAUGAUACCAAUGGACGUUCAGCGGCGCUGGAACGUGCCUACGUUCAUGACGUUUAUGAGAAUUGCGAUGAACCAUCCGGUCCUAUUCGACCACGAAUAGCACAAUUUCUAAAUAAUUUAGAUCCUGGUGCCGUGGUGUGUGAUGUUGGCUGCGGUAAUGGUCGUUAUCUUGCUCAUGGAAAUCGCUCCAUUUGUACAGUUGGAGUAGAUCGUUGUUAUCGAUUGAGCAAGGUGGCACGUGAAAAAGGAGGAGAGGUUAUAAUGUGCGAUAAUUUGGAGUUACCAUUUAGAGAUAAUUCAUUUGAUGCAGUUCUUUCGUUGGCUGUUGUUCAUCAUUUUGCUACCACUGAGCGUCGCGUAAACGCUCUACGAGAGCUGGCACGUGUAUUGCGUAUUGGUGGUCGCGUCAUUAUAACGGUAUGGGCACUUGAACAGAGACACCGUCGUUUUGAGUCGCAAGAUGUUCUCAUUCCAUGGCAGCUGCCGAAAAUACGUAAUAUGAGCUGUUCGGAUGAAGAGGAUGAUGAAAGCUUCCUACCACCUUAUCAUGCUUACACAGAGGACUCAACAAACUCAAGUCGCUCAGCUGGUGAUGGUGAUAGCUCAAGUUUAUCCUCAUCCUCGCCUGGUGAAUCCUGCUACAGUUUUGUGCGACGUGCUAUUCAAAAACUUGCUGCUGGUCGCAAGCAUCCUUGGUUUUUGGACUCGUGGGCAUCGAAAGAAACCAAAAAUGACAGUAGUCUUGACUUCGAAGAUGUAAAAGAUUUGCCAAUCGAACUACGACGACUUGAAGACUUUGAAGAUUUUCACGAUCCACCACUUUCUGCAGGAUUGAAAUCACGUAGCCUGGGUAGCAUUCUUAAUCCUCCUCCUCGCCAAAUUGUGCGUUCGCGUUCCAGUGUCCCUAGUUUGGGCGGUACUCUCGUUCAUUUGGACAUGAGUUGCAAAUCUGGAAUACCUGUAUCAACCUAUUCAAUGCAAAAUAGUCAACAUUUCCAUACCAAGGAUAUCAAUGUAGCACCAGUUAUUGUCACCAAAACCAAUGAAUCUCCCACAAAAUCUAUGAAUGCAGCAAUUUUAAAAAAUAUAAAUAGCAGUACUCCACUAGGUCGUCGCCCAAAGCUGAUAAAACAAAAACAAUCUUUUUGUGAUGAAGAAUAUCAACUGCCAGAAAAUUCUUUUCAUAUAAAAAGUACAUAUAAUAAUCAUAGUGCCAGUAAUAGUUUGUAUUUACGUAGUCGCUGCUACUUCAACGGCAAUAAUAUUAACGUUAACUCUCAAACUCUGGGAAAAAUGCCUAUUAUUGAUAAUUUGCACCAACAAUCUCCCCUUACCGCCCGCCAAAUAAUGCAAGCAAGUAUCUUUUUACGCAAACAAAGUUCAUUGAAUGAAGAACUUAUGGCCGUUAACCGAUUGCGUGAAAAAGAGGGUGUACGGAAACGCAUACAAAAACAGACGUCAUUAAAUGAAGCAUUUCUCUGUCAAUCAAGUACGCUUUCAAAAAAAUUUCAUAUAAUAAGAGAGAACUUCACAAAGAAAGUGAAGACUUCAACAGGUAGUUUUGAGCGGGUUACAAAAACUGGCUUAAACAAAUUAGUGCAGAACUUUUCGUCUUAUAUAACACCAGGUACGAUUAAUUCCGAUCUGUCGGAUAAAGUGAUCAAUGAGAGUCAAGAAAACAGUACCGAACCGUUACAGUCAAACAUUCCAAAAUGCAAUAAAUAUCAUCAUCAUCAUCAUUAUCAGUAUGUUCAACACCAGCAGUCAUUAAACCUGCAAAAUUGCCAACGCCAAUCACGUGCCUUCAUAAACACGCACGAAACAGGUUCACAGGCAUCACAUUAUCAAAAACAAGUGUCGGUCGGUAGUGGAAUCAACAAAUAUGCUGGUCCAGUCACAUACUGCAACAAUGCUGAGUGUUCUAAAUCCGGCUGUUAUUGCAGCACAUACCACUAUGUGGGUUGUAAUACCUUUUCCACUACUAACGAUGGUAAUGAAAAUAGGGAUGGGGAGUCACGUCGACAUUCUAAAGAGUCCGGUUCAGAUUCCUCUAAGGACAGCAGCCUACAAUCGGAUACAAGUAUUGAGUCUGAAGAUAGUUUUGCCUCAGUUAUUUUCAUACCGAAGCCAGAACAGCAACAGCAGCAACUUAACUAUCAUCAAAGCUCAAAUUCGAGUUCAAGUAAUUCAUCGUCCAGCAACAGUGGAGGAGCAUGUCGCAUUUACGGUAGUUGUUGCCAACACAAAAAUGACACGUGUAAAAUUCAAAACAAUGACAAUACUUCGAACUGUUUAACAUGUCUAAAGCAUGUGCAACAGCCGCACCAUCAAAGAUUGUCCUCCGUACCCACAUCACCUAUGGUUUUGGCAUGUCCCCCAACACCGGCGCACUCCCCUGCUACUAUACAAGCUGUAAUAACAUCUCCGCCAAGAACAGUUGCAACUGUGACGGCAGCUAUGGCAAUGCUUACUUCACCUUUAGACAAUAAAAAUAAUAACUUAGAUGAAAAUUCAAAAGCGUUAUCCAAUAUUAAUGUGGAAAAAAUUAAGGAUCAAUUCGAUUUUGAUGAGAAUCUUAUCAAACAGCAUGAAAAGGAUAAUGCUCAACAUCAGCAGGAAAAUGAAGAAAUCAAAUGUAAAAUAACGCGGCAUAUCGUAAAGAACUUACCUCCUAUACCUAAGUUUCGUAAGCAAUCCUUACAAUCAAUACGUCAAAGUUUUCCAAUCGUACGACGGUCAUCGGCAACAUCUAGUUCAUCUAUUCCAAAUAUGCCAAAACUAAUGUCUUUAGAACUUUUCAAUCCGGCUACUGACGAUUUAGACAGCGAUUCAAGCGAGGCAUCCACUCCAAACUCAAUUGAUAGUGUUAUUAGUACCGGGAAAAUUAAUUCUACGACAAUGAGCAUAGAGCAAAGUGAAAAUAUAAGAUCAUCUCCCACUUUUGAACAAGAUGGCAGCGAUGGUUUACUUUUUGAGCGAACUGUUAAGACAAAAAAACAACAACAACAUGAUGAGCAACUGAAGAUCAAUAAUGAUAUUCCACACAACAUAUUUUUAAAUGAAGAAGACAGUUGUCUUAUGCCACUGAACAAAGGCAACAUUAACCUAAGUACGAAUUCACUACAUAGGAAAGAACCAGACUUUGUUGGGUUUGCUGAACAGCUAAAUAUACAGUUGAUGCGAAAACUUGAGGACAAAAACGAUAUUGAUGAAUGCGGAAGUUUAGAAAUCACGAGCGAAUCUGCUGAUCCUUCAGAUGCACCUACUCAUGUAUCUGCAGAAUAUUUAAAUCGGAAGCGCAGCAAUGAGCUGCGAGAUUUGUCAGCAAUCCGUGAGGAACUUCGAGAACGACGUUUAAUGCUUGCAAACCUUUCUACGCAGCCAAGCUUACAACAAUCGCCAACUUCUUCUACAUCAUCUUUAUCGUCACAGACACGUAGCUUUACCAUUCAUGAGGAAAACGAAGAAGAAAGUGAUGAACGAAGCUACUCUCUCCAACUCUAUGAAAACUGUAAAAUAUCCAAAAUUAAUUAUAAACGCAAUCGCCCAUAUAAUUUGAAUCCAGAAACCGCUUAUCUGUUGCAAGACGAAGGUGAUGUCUUUGAUGAAGAAGCAGAAAAUGAACUUGGCCUCUUGUCAAAACAUCAUCAUCCGAUUGGUCAAGAAAUGCUGUAUCAACCCAAAGAUGAGGUUCAAAUAUACCCUAAAGUCAUAGAAAGAGCACCCGGGUGUGAUACUUUAGGAUUGGAAAUGGCAGCUGAGAAGGAAGGCUACUUCGAAAUUAAAGUCGAACAUGAAAACAAAGAAACUGAAAAAUCUCUCCAAAAUCGACAAUCAACGGAAUCAUGGGGCAAUUCUAACAGUUCGGCCGGUUCGCUUGAGAGUCCAUCUCAAGGUGGUUCGACAACACACCACCGUUAUUAUCAUGUUUUUCGUGAGGGAGAGCUUGAUGCAUUAAUCAAUCACCAUGUAGCUAGUCUGCAUAUAGUUUCCUCAUAUUAUGAACGGUCUAGUUGGUGUGUAGUUGCUGAAAAAGUUCAAGUCUGGACAAUAUAAAUAAAAUCAAACAAUUUCAAAUAAUAUGAAAAUAGAAAAGUAUAGUAAACAACCCCGUACAUGUGUAAAAGGAAAUGCACACAUUGUAGUUCUAAUUGAGCAUAAAUUCUAAUGUUUAAUAGGCAUAUGUAUCUCGAACAUGCAUACACAUAAACUUCUGAGCUUACAUCGAACGAUAUAGUCGCAACGAAAAUAUAUAUAUUAAAUAAGUAGGUACUCAUAGCUCAUCGCUUAACAUAUACCAAUCAUAACUAUAGAUGGUAUAUGUGCAAAUACUGGUGCUUAAGUUAAUAUUGGUGUUAACGAACUCAUAGAUAUUUUACGUUUAACUCAAAUGCAGCUUUUGAUUAAUGCAACGAUUAAUAAUUAAACUAGAGCAAAUUCUUAACGAAUAUGAAAUUGUAAAUAAAUGUUUCGUAACAUCAUUAGCUACUACUAGAUAAAGAAUAUAGAAUAUGGAAAGACGCAGAAGUUACAACUUUUAUGAAAUCGUGUAUAUUUGUAUAUAAAUUUGCCUGUUAUACGAUUCUUUUUAAUUGAGAUAGGUGUGAUAAUAUUUCACAAUAAUUUGCAAUACGAGUUGAUGUUUAAUUUUGUUUACUUCGCUCUAGUUUUUCAUUCUACGCAUGGGAGACAUUGAGAAGAAAGAAAGUAACAGUGUUGCCAACUUUAAAUUUAAAACGCACGAUAGUUUAUAAAAUACCGUUUUUCUAACAGUUUAAAUUUGUCUUUAUCCAAAGUAAAAUAUAAAAAAAAAUUAUAAUGUAUUUAAAUUAACUCAAACAAGACUUCGUUUCUCAUAACGAUUGAAUAAGCUUUAUACACUUACAACUAUAGUACUUAAAAAUAAUAUUUUGUUAAAUAUUUCUAAUCUCUGAUUUUACUCUGCAUAAUGUAUAAAUUGGCUCAUCAUUUUCAAAAAGCGUUUACCGUCGUUAAGAAAAAAAUUGGUGUACCAUCCGUUUUAUGUUGCUACUAAGUAUAAAAGUUUUGUUUACCUAACGAUUGUUUGUAAGACCUAAAACUAAUCGAGACACAUAUAGAGCUAUAUACAUAUGUACAAGUACAUAUGAUAUAUAUAAAUGAUUAGAAUGACGUAGCGAUUUGAAAUCCGGGUGAAUAUCUGUGCGUACGUCUGACUGUAUGUGCAAGCUAUAACUUGAGUAAAAAUUGAGAUAUCUUGAUGAAGCUUGGUACGCGUAUUCCUUGGCACCCAAGGGAGGUUGGUAUUGCAGACGUAUCACAUCGGUCCACUGCCACGCUGUCACUCACAAAGUACAGUUAAUAGACAACUUAUAAAGUGCUAUAAUUAGUCGCAAACUAAUUCAAAAUUCCGCCGACCUUUGGUCGAAUUCUUAUAUUUCAGUAACUAUUUGAUCAAUUUCGUGUUCAUAUUGUGCGAUCUCACGUCUAAAACUAAUAGCAAUCGGACAAUAACUUUUCAAGUCGCCUGAUACCGAAUAUGUGCACAACAGUGCUUAAGGCACACUAUUCACCGGAAAUAUCGGUCAAACUCUAAGAUAUGUUAUUGAUAUACGGAGGAAACAUAUUCCCGAAAUUAAUGUGCCCUAGUCCCCAUAUACCCAAUAUAAAGAUUUUCGAACUUACGGUUGACUUUAUACCGUCUAUAUCGGUCAAUAUGUGAGUUAUGGAAUAUAUUAUUGUGUAUUUCCGAAAAUUUGUGUAAUUGUUCAACGAAUUACCCCAGCUUCCACCUACUUCAUAUAACGAUAUUUCGUUAUUCUAACAGAAUUUUUGCCGCAUAAAUCGGUCGGUGUUUGAGUUAAAUUCAUAAACUUGCGUCGAAAUAUGUUCUCGAGUAUACUUGAGUAAUUUCAACAAUUAAUGCAAUCAUUUCCGAUUUUCUAGCUAACUUUAAAGCUGAUAUAUUGGUUUCCCAUUCCAUCUUACCUUAAACAAUUUGGUGGUUCAAAAUUUAUGAUAUUUUAGUGAAAUUAAGUGGUCAUGUUUCCUUCAACUAAAUUGGAUUUAAAGCUGAGUACGCAUAAAUUUGGUCUAGAUGGCAGUCUAAACGUCAUAUCGGCAUUCGUAUACGAAUGAUGAAUGUUUAACUUUCACGGAACAUUUUUAUUAUUUACUAUAAGGUUUUGCCAAUUCGAUUAUAACCAAAAUUAGCUCUUUCUUAUUGUUUCUGUAAAAGAAUGAAGAAAAUUGGAUAUUAACAAUUAAGAUGGCGGUUUCGAAAAGUAUUAUAUGUGAUGCUCAAAUCACUAAUUUGGCAACUUUUAUUUGUGACUCAAUAUGUUUGGUGUACUCAUUAGAGCGUUAAAUUGUGUACGCUGAUCUUAUAGAUUAAUAUUUGAAACUCGUGAUUUAGUUAUUACUUGAAAAUGUAAAUCAGAAUAUUGUUGCGUACAGUGAUAUUUAUUUAGAACCAAUAACAUAUAUCUUAAUAUUGUUUAGGAUUAUAAUAAUUAGUUUUUUAAUAUUUAUAUAUUAUAUUAAGAUAUACGUAUGACAAUGGUUCAGAUCAUAAAUACAUUUAUCGUAUUGAUUUAAUAGAGAAUAGUGUAAAAAAUUAAGUAAUAGUACAAUGAUAACUAAAUUACAAUACCACAUUUUGAUUAAAACCAUGUACUCAAAAACUGAAUAUAUAUAAUAUUAUCUAAAACUUUUCCGAAUAAAAUUCUUCUUA